GGACACGGCCGGGCCGGAGCUCGCUCUGGUUUUAUUUUUUUUUUUUUUCCCCCCCCAGAACGUUCCGUGGUUUUUAUUUUUUGGGGUCGGAUCCGUCCGUCUUGUGUCCGUCUCUUGGUGAUUUUUUUUGAUGCUGGGUGGUUUUUCUAGAACGUUCCUUGGAUUUCCAGUGUCAGAUCCAUCCAUACUCCAUCUCCUCUUGAUGCCUUUUCCAUGCUGGGUGGUUUUUCCAGAAAAUUCCAUGGAUGUUCAUGGUCAGAUCCAUCCCUCCUCCAGUCGCCUCUUGAUGCCUUUUCCAUGUUGGACAGUUUUUCCAGAGCAUUCCAUGAAUUUCCAUGGUCAGAUCCAUCCAUCCUCCAUCGCCUCUUGGUGCCUUUUCCAUGCUGGGUGGUUUUUCCAGAACGUUCCAUGUUUUUUCAUGGUCAGAUCCAUCCAUCCUCCCAUCUCCUCUUGAUGCCUUUUCCAUGUUGAGUGGUUUUUCCAAAACAUUCCAUGGAUUUUUUGUGGUGAGAUCCAUCCAUCUUCCAUCAUCUCCAGGCUGUUUUUCCAGAACAUUACAUGGAUUUUUUGUUGUCAGAUCCAUCCAUCUUCCAUCGUUUCUUGAUGCCUUUUCCAUGCUGGAUGUUUUUUCUAGAACAUUCCAUGGAUUUCCAUGGUCAGGAUCCACCACUCAUGGAUCAUUUCCUGAUGGUUUUUUCCUUGCCAUGCAGUUUUUCCAGAAUUUUCCAUGGAUUUUAAAUAUCAGACCCAUCCAUCCUCCAUCUCCUCUUGAUGCCUUUUCCAAUCCAAGUGAUUUCUCCAGAACAUUCCAUGGAUUUUUUGUGGUCAGAUCCAUCCAUCCUCCAUUGUUUCUUGAUGCCUUUUCCAUGUUGGACAGUUUUUCCAGAACAUUCCAUGGAUUUUUUGUGGUCAGAUCCGUCCAUCCUCCAUCUCCUCUUGGUGCCUUUUCCAAGCUGGACCAUUUUUCCAGAACGUUCCAUGGAUUUCCAUGGACAGAUCCAUCCAUCCUCCAUCUCCUGGUGGUUUUUCCAGAACGUUCCGUGGAUUUCCAGGCUCCAUCUUCCAUCCCUCUUCUGUCAUCUCUUGAUGUCCUCGGUGCUGGGCACCCUCUUGUGGCAUCUCCACCCACUGUCACCUCCUGGUGUCACCUCCUGGUGUCCCCCAAUGUCCUUCAGUGUCCCCUGAUGUCCCCUGGGGGACAUCUCCACCCUCCCCACGUCCCUGGUGACCCCGAGGCCACCAUCCCUGUCCCCAGUGUCCCCUGAUGUCCUUGAUGAUGUCCCCAAUGUCUCCUGAUGAUGUCCCAGUGAUGUCAUUGAUGUCCCCAAUGUCUCCUGAUGAUGUCCCUACUG